AUGCAUGACAAGCAUUCAAACUGCGCGGAGUCCAACAUCUUGCAAACUAUCAUCAGUGAUGGCUUUGCCUCUCUUUUCGCGACAGAACGAUCGCGCAGCAAAUCUUGUUUAAACUGCCCUCUUUGUCAGGAAGCUCCAGCAUACUUUGGCAAGGAAAAUAAUCCCGUGACAAAAGAUGACAAGCCGGAUGGGGUGCUCUGA